AUGGCUCUGUUACAAAGAUCCCAGAUUGGGGUGAGGGAAUUCGGAGAGACAGUUACCGUACCAAACGAUCCGAAAGCGAAGUUGAUGUAUUAUCUGAGCUGCGUAUGUACGGUAAGUGACGCUCAAAAACUUUAAGACAAAAUACUUCCGCAAUUUCUUUGUCUUUGACUAUAUGUCUAUUAAACAUAAGAAUGUCAUUUAGAUCUGCAUUUAUAUUUUACCGUCGUCAUCUUUUGAUAGUAGAAUGCUAUAUAUAUUAUAUAUCUGUACAUUUACAAUACUCAAUACAACGCAGCAACGCAACUGACUAUAGGCAUAUACAAAGGUAGUAUACAAAGAUACAAACACAAUGUCUACUGUCGUGCACGACUGAUGGCAGUAUAUGCAUUAUAUUAUAUUAUGGCGAGCGAGGACCAACCGUCAUAUCCACCAAGUCAGUUCGGCGAUGCGAAAUGAUGUUGGUCUGAUAUUGUCUUUCGUAUUCUCUCAUAUAUACCUGUUUGCAUGCGUGCCAAACAAAGCUGUUAAAUUAUAUAUGCAUAUCAGUCUUCACUGAAUGGAUAGAUAUAUUAUGUUGGGACCAUUGCAACUGUAAGGGACUGAAAACUUCGACCAUCUUUUAUCCCAAACUUUUACCAAAUUUUUCCCAGUUUUACCUUCAAUUUUAAGCAAAUAUCAGUUCCAUUUUGACCAACUUUGGGCAAAUAUCACUUCCAUUUUGACCAACUUUGAACACCCCCCCCCACACACACACACACACACCCUCCCUGAGCGCGACGCAUUCACAGCCUAUAAGCCUAGACAUGCAAUAUAGAAGUUUAAAAGUUUUAUCAAUACUAUAUCUAACCACUUGUCUUAAUAGUUAAUAUAACCCUUCAGACUGAUCACCAAAUCAAUAAACAAACGUAUAUUUCUAAUAUGAGUGGUAACGGUAUAUUAAGUUCUUUGAAUGUUUGCAUGGCGAUAAAAUAUAAUUGUUUUUGUUUGUGGAAACACCACGUAAAUUUAUUACUGCAAAGCUUUCGAUCCGUAAGCCCGGAUCUUCAUCACAUAUUAUUAGCACUGAUGAAGAUCCGGGCUUACGGAUCGAAAGCUUUGGCUUUGCAGUAAUAAAUUUACGUGGUGUUUCCACAAACAAAAACAAUUAACGGUAUAUUAUUAUACCAUAUAAGUAAAGUAAUUUUAGCUGUUUCUUUUGUUAUUCAUAUCAAAUAUGUUUUACGUUAAGUGAAGAUACUUAUAGAAUAAAAUCUGACCGCGUAGCUCAGUUGGAAGAGCAUUCAGUUAAGAUUGGGCUAGUAUUCCAAAGGUCGUAGGUUCGAAUCCCACCGUGGCCGGGCAUAUUUUUCAAGCUCGCCCGGUGUGGAUAUACACUCAGAGUAACACCACAAAUAUCAUAUUCACCAGAGUACACUACACCAACACAGAAAAAUUCAAAAUCUUUUCAUUCACACCAAUUGUACUAUUAUUUUAACGAGAGUUGGCAAAGCGAGAGUUUACAUGAGAGUUUUCUCAACUCUCAUAUCCCGGUCAAACAAGAAUUCAUUGUUGCAUGAGAGUUGAUACAUCAUUGCAUGAGACUAUAGUUGGUCACAGUAGAUUAUUUGGGAUUACAGCUAAAGGUCUCUUUCCUCCGCAGAGGCUGUUCGUGUUCCGAGAUCCGCCAUCAGUGUAAAGUGUAGUGAAAUGUAUCUCAAUACUAAUCGUAAUCACAGCCAACAAAAGCCUCUGCGGAGAAGAGAGGCUAAAUGUUGCAAAAAGUCACCCUACAAAAACAUUGCAACUUUUGUGUUGCAACUGCCUGUAACGAGUUAAAAAGAUUUACAAAUGCUUUCCUCCAGGUUUUAGAUUUGCAUCAAAACGUGCCACGAAGGCUGACCCAGUAUUCAACAACAUACAACAGACUGAGUCAGGAUGAGCUCACAGACCUACUGGCACUUUGUAUUCUCUUCUCACCAGAUAUCCUCAACGAUAAAGUGUUUUUUGAAGACACCAGCACUUACGGAUCAGCCAACCGAUUCCUCGAGCUCUCAUCCGUGAAGAGCUCCAUGCUGGUCAUGGAAAAUGUCGUAAUUGGUGGAGAGAAUAGAAGAGUUGCUAAGGUGAUGACGUGUACACGAGCUUGGAUACGGAACAACUACGAACAACCAAUGAGGACGGUGCUUUCUAGUCAAAUUGGUGGUGGUUACCAAAAUUCACCCACAGUCCGUAUUGGUGGACAACCCUCACGACCAGCUCUUCAAGCACCACGAUAUGGUACUUAUAAUUACGGUACCCCCACCAGGAAUAACAGUGGUGGUUGCUGUUGUGUUAUCCUGUAA